AUGAAAUACCUCCCCCUCCUCUCCCUCCUCUCCCUCCUCUCCCUCUUCAUCCUCUCUGCAGUUGCCAACGUGGAAAAGACAAUCUUCCUAGCAAGCAGUCCAACAGACUCCUUCCCAUCCCCUCUUCCAUCUCCUCUGCUCUCGAUCUUCCCCUCCCUCCCGCUCCGAACGGAGAUCAACGCCUCUUUCAUAGAGGGAGAGGCAUGGUUCCUCCUCCAGAAUCUGAAUAGAGGGCAACGCUAUGAAGUCCGGAUCUGCUGGCUAGCCACUCAACCUACUUCCUUCACUCUGGAGACAUUUGCCCUCGCCGAUGCCGGGAAAAGGCUUCUUCGCGUUCAAAACCAGGCAGACUACUUCUCUCUCAACGAUACGUUGAUGCAGAAUGUGCCCCCCGUCGGGGUAGAUCUCAUCCUGGAUCCUUUUCUUAUGAAUGUGCUUCCUCGCUCUUUGCUUCCUACCCUGCUCUACUUGGUUGUUAUUUCCGGGUUGGCUGUUUGGAUCUCCGGGUUUAUCGGCAGGCAAGUCGAGAUUUUGAUUAAAGAUGAGAAAGAGUCAAAGAGUCAAUAG